AUGGCAUCGUCUCUGUCUUCGCUGGAAGACGACCUGACAUGUCCUGUGUGCUGUGAGAUUUUUAGGGAACCUGUAGUCCUCUCCUGCAGUCACAGUUUCUGCAGGGAAUGUCUGAGGAAGAGUUGGAGAGAGAAAGAGGGCAGAGAGUGUCCUGUUUGCAGACGGACGGCUUCUAGAGACGACCCUCCUGCAAACCUGGUUCUGAAGAAUAUCUGUGACUCGUUCCUGAAGCAGAAGAAGGUCAGAACUCCUUCUGGUUCUGAGGGACCGUCGUGUCCACUGCACCAUGAGAAACGUCAACUCUUUUGUGUGGAUGAGGAGGAGCUGGUGUGUGUGGAGUGUGUGUCCCAACACCAUCAGAACCACAGCCUGUGCCACAUCAGUAAGCCAGCCAGAGAACGCAAGGAAAACCUCAAAACAUCACUAAGGACUUUAGAGGAAAAACUGGUCUUGUUUCGUGGGACAAAACUCACUUUUGAAAAAGUAGAAGCACAUAUUAAGUCUCAGACUGAAGUCACGGAAAGACAGAUAAAAGGGGAGUUUGAGAAACUUCAUCAGUUCCUCAGAGAAGAAGAGGAGGCCAGGAUAGCUGCGCUGAGGGAGGAAGAGGAGCAGAAGAGACAGAGGAUGAAGGAGAAGAUUGAGGAGUUAGAUGGAAUGAUGUCAUCGCUGUCUGAAAGAAUAAAGGGCAUAAAGGAGAAGAUGGAGGAAGAUGAUGCAGUGUUUUUACAAGGCCACAGGGAGACAAUGAAAAGGGCUCAGUACACACAGUCAGCUCCAGAGAUGAGUUCUGGAGCUCUGAUUGAUGUGUCCACACACUUGGGUAACCUGAGAUACAGAGUGUGGGAGAAGAUGAAGGACAUUGCUCCAUUCUAUCCAGUUAUUUUGGACCCAAACUCUACGCAUGAGUCUCUUGUCCUUUCUGAAGACCUGACCAGCUUCACAACCAGCGAUACUGACCAGGAGCUUCCGGAAAACCCAGAGAGAUUUGAGAAGUACCCUGAGGUCCUGGGCUCUGAGGGGUUCUGCUCGGGAAAGCACAUCUGGGAGGUGGAGGUUGGAGACAGUGAAGACUGGAUCAUAGGAGUGGCCAAAGAGUCUGUAGAGAGAAAAGUGGAGAAUGUGGGUGCUUCACAGGAGGGAUUCUGGACCAUAUUGCUCUCUCAUGCGAACCUUACAUUGAACUUCAUGGUUGAUCAGCUGUAUCUGAAAAAACUGUAG